AAAACCUCCUUAAAGUCCCCGGAACCUGGUUUUGACAUCCACCAUCUUCCCCCACUCCACUCUCUCUGCUCGCAGUUAUACCUACUGCUGGAGGAAAGAAACGUCCCAGACUGUGUGAGACAGACAGACAGACAGACGAGCAGACAGACGGAUGGACGAGAGACACCCCCGCAUAGUUUCCGUCAGCCGGGUGACGUCUCCGCCUCUCAGCCCGUGUGCAGCGUGACGUUACGGGGCUGUAGUGGAGCCUCUAGCUGCAUCUUGUUGACGGUCCGCCAGGCUUUUCCAGUACUGAGAAGACCCCGGGCGAGUGAGGACGGCUCACGUAGAGACACACGCUGCGUUCAGGCAAUGGAUCAGAACACAGAAAACUUCAGUCACCAUCAUGCAUGUGUCCAAGGACCAGAAGAUUUGUGUCAUUUGAAAAGAUUUAAGGAGGGAAAAAUAAAGACUCAGAGGAAUAUAAGAAUUCAGUCAGCAGACAGAAACGACAGUAACCCAGUGCUUAGACAUGGCCAGCACCCAGACCAGUUUGAAAACCCCUUUCAAAGACUUGACCUCCUUCAAGGGCAACAUGAAACGGCUGUACAGAGACCGACUGGAAGACGCACCCAUCAAGAAACGAGUGAUGGCAGAGAUCAACCUGAAGCGCCGCAGCUUGGAUUCGCUCCCCAAAACUCCCAAGGUGAAGAGGGAGCAGAUCGAGGAUCUGCACCACGACUCUGACAUGGAUCUGACGGGUCGGGCUGAAUUACACGUGGUGGGCUCUGCUAAAGCCCUGGACCUGAGCCCUGGGCUCAAACACACACUGGCCCAGUUCACCCUGAGCAGCCAGAGCUCCCUUGGGGGCCCAGCUGCCUUCUCAGCCCGCACCGGCCACGAGCACUCCCCAGCCGGCAUGCCCCCCCUGCCCUCUCCUCCUGUUCUCGGAGGGGGCCCUCUGCUGGUUCCCUGUGACAGCUCUACCGAACUCACCCACUCGCUGCUGGAAGGAGAGUCCAUCUCCUGCUUCGUCGUUGGGGGAGAGAAGCGGCUCUGCCUGCCCCAGGUGCUCAACUCUGUGCUCCGUGACUUCUCUCUGCAGCAGAUCAACACGGUGUGCGACGAGCUCUAUGUCUACUGCUCACGUUGCGACGCCGAGCAGCUGCACAUCCUCAAAGUGCUGGGCAUUCUGCCGUUCAACGCGCCUUCCUGUGGCCUCAUUACGCUGACGGAUGCACAACGGCUGUGCAAUGCUCUGCUGCGCCCCGGGGCGGCCCUGCCUGCCGACCCCAGUGGCAAGCUGUCGGCCCAGGGCCUGCUGAAGGAGAGUGAAGCCAGCUUCCAGGUGGAGCACCAGUGUCUGGGGAAGUGCCAGGGUCUCUUUGUGCCCCAGUUCUACACCCAGCCAGAGGCACCCUGCAUCCAGUGCGUUGAGUGCCAGUUGCUCUUUUCACCGCAGAAGUUUGUCAUGCAUUCACACAAGUCACCUGAUAAGAGGACCUGCCACUGGGGCUUUGACUCAGCCAAGUGGCCCUGCUACCUGCAGCUUGCCAGGAAGUACCAGGGCACGCCUGAGGAACCCAAGCUCAAGCAGCUCCUGAACGAGGUCAAAGAGAAGUUCCACUACCAGCUCAAGAGGUCACUAGACAAAGCGGUGGAGGAGGAGGAGAGUCAGGUGAGGAAAUCUUCAGCGGACCUCUGCUCACCCAGCGGCAAGUUGGCUGAAGGCGACCCUGCAAGAAAGGGGAAGACAUCUCCACCCACUCUGGUGUUCAACCGUCUUUUCUCGGACAUCAAGGAGGAGCCAGGACACCCCACCCUGGUUCAUCCCAGUUACUACCUGUACACAUACGAUAAGAUGGUGGCUCCCAACGUGUCUCUGCGAAGGGAGGCGGAGAUGAGCCCAGAGAUGCUCGGAGCGCUGCUCAAACACCACUACAGCCGCAGGGUGCUGGGCCACGACGAGCCACCCAUGGAUCUUCAUGCGUCGCCUCCCGUCGCUGCUGGCGCCGAGGAGGCCAAAUCCCAACGUGCCGCUGCUGCCUCGGCCACCGAGCGGGAAUGCCAAACCCAGGCAGUUUCCAUGGAGACGAGCAGCCUGAGCUGCAAGAAAGCCACCCACACCCCCACCCACACCCCUCCUCCACCACCUCCUCCUCCUCCUGCGUCGUUGAUGUCGCCGGUAACGGACGUAGUGGCUAAGGACACGGGCUCCAGCACAAGCUGCGCUGCAGUGGUGGUGGGGGGGCUGGAGGACGACAAGGACAGGAUUGUUGUGGAGAUCAUGCAGAUGUACAGCAGGCAGCAGGAGAAGCUCAACUCCACUCUGCACAAGCAGCUGCAGCUGGAGAUGGAGCUGGAGGCUUUGCGCGGGGGAGAGGCGGCAAGGCUACGGGAGCUGAGCGCCGAGCAGCGGGAGCUUCGCAGCGAGCUGGAGGCGGUGCACAGCGAGCAGGCGCGGCAGCUCAGCCAGGCCCGCCAGGAACAGCUGGAGCUGGAGACCCGUCUGGAGCAGCUCCGACAGCAGGCCUGUGCCUGCGAACCAGGGGCACAACGCCAGCAAGAGGCCCACUAUACUGCACAGUUGUCGGAGCUCCGUCAGCGGCUGGAGCGGGCAGAGGCGGACCGGCAAGAGCUGCAGGAGGAGCUGCGUAUGGAGCGGGAGGCGCGGGAGAAGCUGGAGCGCACAAUCACCCAACUCAAGCAGCAGAUGGCCCGGUCUGGCACGGUGGGAGGCAGCCCCUCUCCUCCUCCCACCCCUUCCACCGGACCCCCAAACGCCCACUCCCCGCCCUCCUCCUCCUCUUCCUCCAUCUCAGAGGCCCCAGCGGCUGGCCAAAAGUAACUGCCACCCCUCCAGGCGCCUCCCUCCCCUCGCUCAUUCCUCUCCCCCAAUCACCCGCCAACUCUACAGACGCAAACAAAUCAGCCUGAAGCAGAAAGGAGCUUCACAUCUCCUCAGGCUGUUUUAAGUUGUGCAUCUCACCCCCCUCCACCCCUCUUAUUUCAGUGUAGGACUGACUUUUGUUUUUUUUGUAAUUUAACAUCAUUUAAAAGAAAAGUUUUAUGGUGUGUUUUUUUAUUCUUUCUUUUGCUCCGUCUCCUCUCUUUAAACAGUAUUUAAAAGAUUUUUUGGGCAUGUAUGAUUUAAUUUAUAGUUUUUACUGAACAAACAGCUGCUUCACAGACAGGAGUUUGGUCAAGUAGAGACCAGCUCAACCUAUCACUAUUGCCCCCCCCCUUUGUCACGAUUGUCACCCCUUCCUCUCUCCCCCGUCCCCCUUCUUGCUUUUUCUGGAUUCUGGAGCCAGUGACAUUUUGAGAUUUUGGACUUCAGCUCAGACACACGGACGCUUGUCUCAGCUCCUCACAGACGUCAUUUCACGCGACUACCUGGCGCAGCAGCCGGUGCCCACGGACACACUAACGGCGGCGCCCGGUCGCGUGCCUCCUUUCCCGUUUUUCUGUACCUACAGCGCAGAUGCUCAAGUACCAGCGAAUGCAGGAAACUGCAUGUACAUUUCAAAACCUUUUUUUGUUUGUUUGUUCCUUUUUGCUCCUUAUAAAAUACAGAGAAAGAAAAGUAUAAUGUGUUAAAACAUCAAGUCUAUAUGGAGGGGAAGACCCUUUACUGUACAAAAAAAAGACAUUUAGCAGAUGUCGUGAAACCUCAUGAAAAUAUGCCAAUAGUGACGCUGAACUUGAAAUGAGUGUUUUUUGAGUGUGACCCCCUCAAGGUAGCUAGCUAGCAAACUGUCUGGCCUGGACCCCAGCUGCUCCUAACAGACUUAUCUUCCUCUUCACUCUGCUGGGCAGCACCUGGACUCUCCUGUUGUAGACCAAACAGUCUGUCAGUUGAUCCACCAGCUGCCCCAGCGUCUCCUCUAACCCUCCCUCACCUCACCCCUCCUCACUGGAGACCUCACACCUUCCAUCCAUUGCUGCAUGCUAUCACCAUUGCUCUCUGCUGGGAAAGUCUGCAACACUGUGGUCUUCACCCACUUUUUGGGGCGAGAGAGGAAACACUGUGCUCUUUUCAGGCUUGGCAUGAAGAAGCUCACGAGCAGUGUUAUGCACUUAACGUGCCCCCCCUGAGUCUCCUGGGAAAGGAAUGUGUCUGGACAUGGGGGCUGGCUGAGCCCGGUGUAGCUUUUCAGAGAAAAAAGAAAGGCACAGUCUCACAUGUGCACUAGCUGUGCUGUGUUACCAUAAUACAUACGACAUCCUUACAUACCCGCACACUCGAGUGUGUCAGUGCAGUGUAGGCAUUCAGGCGGAACAAUGGCCCCAGCGUUCCCAGCAAAUGAUCAAAGCUCCAGUCUGUCCCUGUUUUCUGGGCUGCGCCGUCUUCUUUUUUUCUUGUAUCUUCUGACUUCAUUGUUAGCAGACGGUUUUAUCCCCACCCUGUUUGUCCGUCGUCUAAGAAUGUGGGUCGCAGGUGAAAGCAGUUAGUCCAGGCUGUUUGGACCCUGCUUCACGUUAUUCUGCCUGGCUGAACAAACAGCACCGGGUAGGGAGGAGAGGAAGAGAGAGAGAGGGGAGGAUUGAGGGGAGCGCUCUGGGGACUGGUGUACUCUCCCCCGCAGCAGGCUGGGUGGGUGGCCCGGACGCCGGGGGUACAGAGGGAGCCCUCUUUUUUUUGUUGUUUUGUGCUGUCAGAAUGGGGGCAGCUGUUGUUGUCUGGGGGCCUCUGCCCACCCUCGGGUGAGACUGUACAGGACUCCCUCCUCCUCCUCCUCCUCCUCCUCCUCCUCCUCCUCCUCCUCCUCCACCUCCACCACCAGCUCUCUCAACACAACCUCCCUCCCUCUCCCACAGAACCACCGUCACUCACUCACUCUCACAUACCCGUCCAUCCAUCUCCAGUGCCAGAUCAGCUGGGGGUGUGCAGUGUUUUGUAGAUGCCCAGGAGAGCGAGCAGACGUCCAGCCAGAGGAAGAGAGAGGACUUUUAUUGUGUCAGUUGCCAGGCAAAAGCGCUUUUUAUUGCCACUAAGGAGAUCCCUGUAAGCGAGUGUAUGUGUGUAAAUAAUUGUUUAAAAAGAGAAGGGGAUCGGCCUCGGCUAAAAAAAAAAAAACAAAACAAAACAAAAAAACAAACUCUGAGCUUUUUUUUAUGCAUCUGCUCUAAAUGCAAAUUGAUAGACAUUCCACUGUGCUCCAUCCUGUUCAAUGCAGAUUUUUCUUACACAGCUUCCCUUUACAAUAACAGACCUUAAAGACCGGGGCAGGGUACAGUUGUGGUUUGUUGAUAGUCAUAAAAGCAGGUGCAGGUGUAAGCCAGUUAAAUCAAACCCAUGCCGCAAAUAUACACUCUACUGUUGUUCCAUUUAAACCUUUAUUGAAAUUAUGAAAGAAAAUAUUUAACGUAUUAACUAAAGAUUUAUAUUCACUUUGUAAAUACAGUAGUCAUUAAUAUAUUAACUGUUCUUAUAUGAAUAAUCUUCAAAAGGUUAUAUAAAUUGGACCAGAACUAAGGCUACAGACAGCCUAAAUGUUUUUUUGCUUUCUUUUUUUAAAAAUGAUCUUUGCAGAUAUCAGAUGUGGAUGUUUGGAGGAGUGAAAUGCAUGGUUUACUGAGACAUGACGUAGGACAAAGGCAAAAUAGAAAAAUAAUAACUUUGUUACACAUUUCCCCCUCUUUUUCUGAACUGAUGCAUUUUUUUUUUUUUUGUGGAUUUCAUCUUGACAGGCUGUUUGACUUGUAAUGUGAUGAGCUUUUUUCCCCCUCCUCUUUGUUAAAACCCCCUCUCCCCCUGAGCUAAAUUCAAAACAUUUGUUUAAGAAAAAUGCAUUUUGGGAGAAAAAAGAAAACAAACAAAAAAAUUUUUUUUUUUUGCAUGUUUGCUGCCCCUUAUGUUUAGUGUCACCAGGCCACUCUACCAGUCAGUUUAUUGUGAGAAGAACCCCCCCCCUUCUACAUGUAAUGCACAACAAACUGUUGAGAUGGCUCAUAUGCAUGAACAUUGAACAUGUGCAAGUUUUAUGUCAUUAUUGGUUCAGAGAGUCAGAUUAUGAAGAUCAUAAAAUGUAGCCUGAUUUGAUUUGGAAAUAAGCAGGACAGAAUGAGUGUGUGUGUGUGUGUGUGUGUGUGUGUGUGUGUGUUGACCUCCCACGUCUGACUGAAGCACAACAGCUUUGAAAAGGGAAAAAAGAGAGAAAACCUGGCUCAUCACGUAGCUCUGGAUGUGUUAGUCAUGUAUUUCUGAUUUGAGCUCAUAUAUCCUCGUCUGGAUUUAUUAACAGAUAAAUCAGUAUUAGUUUUCACUGACUCAAGUACCACUUCAGCAGAACAUCAACAAAAAAAAAUGAAUUCAUCAUAUUAGCAGACACCUGAUGAAAAUCUGUAAUUUAACUUUUUGUGUAAUUUGAAUUUUAUACACAAGGGGGCAAUGUUUAGCUUCUUUAAUUGUGCACCAUGUAACAUGGCGUGCCCCCCCCCCCCCCCCCCCCUCCUUUUUUUUUUUUUUUUUUGCAUUUUGCAGUGUUAUGAGAACUUGGAUAUGCUUUGUACAGAAUUUUACAGGUGUGAGGUUUUUCCCAACCGAGUAAAACGAGGCGAGAACAUCCCGUGGCUUUACCACAUGAACACAUUUUAAUACAGGAUUUACAUACCCACAUGUGAUGAAAAAACCAGUAAACAUAUCCAAGGUGACCUUUGAACUGUUGCAAGGUGGUUUGCUUUGUAGUUGGGUGCUUAAUUUUCAGCCAGUAAUUACUCCACACCGGUGUGGAUGACGUUACUAAGACCACAGGUUACUAAGAACAUAAUGUUUUAAUUUCUACACAUCCUGUUAUAGAUGAUUAAAAAAUAUUUAUGGCUUUGCUAAAAAAAAAAAGAAAAAAAAAAAGAGAGACCUUCUUCUUCUUCCCCCUCGAUGCUGUUCUGGAACAUGAAACGCAGUGUCUGUGUAUGACCAUUGCAUACUACUACGUUGCCAAUACUACAGUGUGAUGAGACUUUUGUUCUUGCAUGAAUCGAGACACUGUUCUCCUACCUCAUGUUGUGAUAUAAAAAGAUGUUUUUUAAGCAGAAGACACUGCAUCUCUAACUGUUUAUCAUCAUUGAUAUUUACUAGUAAAUUACAUACCUGUAAAUGCUUUUAGCUAAUACCUCAGUUGUAUCUAGUGUUUGUUUUUUUUCUGUUUUUGCCCUUCCCUGAUUUCAGAUCUUGUAAAUAUACCCUGUAUAGACAAUGAACUUGGAUCAAAUUCAAGUAAAGUUCUGUAGUGUCAAAA